AUGACAACAUUUAACAGGAUUUUAUUGCAAGACAUAUAUAAUUUAAUUAGGAUUGAGUGUACUUUAUUUAAUGACUAUAGUAUAGCAUUGUUGUUAUUAAUUUUAGUGGGAUUUUUGUUAAUUAUAGGAGGUAUGGUUUUGACCGGAAAGUAUUUAGUUAAUAAAUAUAUAUUUUCGGAUAUACUUGAGUUUGUGUGGACAGUAGUUCCAGCGUUUUUUCUUUUUUCACUUAGAAUUCCCUCUCUAUAUUUAAUAUAUUAUAUAGAGAGAGGGAAUUCGUGUGAUUUAACCGUAAAAGUAAUUGGCCACCAAUGAUAUUGAAGUUAUGAGAUACAUGAAUUUGGGGGUGAGGUCAGCAUUGAUAGUUAUAUAGUGCAACUUAAUGAUUUGCCUGUGAGAGGAUAUCGUACAUUAGAAGUUGAUAAUUCUUUAAUUUUGCCUAUGUUAACUAGUAUUCGGAUAUUAGUAACAUCUUCGGAUGUUCUUCAUUCUUGAGCAUUACCUUCAAUAGGAAUAAAAGUAGAUGCCUGUCCAGGCCGUUUGAAUUUCAUAAAUCUUAUGUCUAUGCGUCCAAGGGUGGUUUACAGGCAGUGUAGUGAAAUUUGUAGGGUAAAUCAUAGUUUUAUGCCUAUUAAUGUGGAGUUUAUUAAUUGAAGUAAUUUUUUGGUAUCUUAUUAA